AUGAGGGUUGAUUCAACAGUUCUGGCCCUGGUGGCUCUAGCCACCGACUGUCUCGGCUUGGCUAUCAAGAGCAACGAGCCUGAGCUGCUACGUCGUGACGCCCUUCCCAUUUAUAAGAACGCAUCAUACUGUGUUGAUGAGCGUGUGAGAGACCUGUUAAGUCGCAUGACACUUGAAGAGAAAGCAGGCCAGCUCUUCCACAAGCAGCUUUCUGAGGGACCUCUCGACGACGACAGCAGCGGCAACAGCACUGAAACAAUGAUUGGCAAGAAGCACAUGACACACUUCAAUCUCGCCAGCGAUAUCACCAAUGCUACGCAGACGGCCGAGUUCAUCAACCUGAUUCAGAAGCGAGCAUUACAGACUCGACUUGGGAUUCCCAUCACAAUCUCGACUGAUCCUCGCCAUUCGUUCACUGAAAACGUCGGCACCGGGUUCCAGGCCGGUGUGUUUUCACAAUGGCCAGAGAGUCUAGGUCUCGCUGCGUUGAGGGACCCUCAGCUUGUCAGAGAAUUUGCGGAAGUAGCAAGGGAGGAAUACUUGGCUGUUGGCAUUCGUGCUGCGCUGCACCCGCAGGUUGACUUGUCCACAGAGCCCCGAUGGGCCCGUAUCAGCGGUACCUGGGGAGAAAACAGUACGCUGACCAGCGAGCUUAUUGUCGAGUACAUCAAGGGCUUCCAAGGAGAAGGCAAGCUUGGACCAAAAUCUGUCAAAACUGUCACCAAGCACUUCCCUGGCGGCGGCCCGAUGGAGAACGGCGAGGAUUCGCACUUCUACUAUGGCAAGAACCAGACUUACCCUGGAAACAAUAUCGAUGAGCACCUCAUACCAUUCAAGGCAGCCCUUGCCGCGGGUGCAACCGAGAUCAUGCCUUAUUACUCUCGCCCUAUCGGCACGAACUGGGAGGCUGUUGGGUUCUCCUUCAACAAGGAGAUAGUCACCGACUUGCUCCGUGGGGAGCUCGGAUUUGAUGGUAUCGUCUUGACAGACUGGGGUCUUAUCACGGACACUUAUAUCGGAAACCAGUACAUGCCCGCGCGUGCCUGGGGCGUGGAGUAUCUUAGCGAGCUCCAACGCGCAGCAAGAAUCCUCGACGCAGGUUGCGACCAAUUCGGUGGCGAGGAACGGCCCGAACUCAUUGUUCAGCUUGUCAGAGAGGGCACCAUAUCAGAAGAUCGAAUCGACGUCUCUGUUGCUCGACUGCUCAAGGAGAAGUUUCUCCUUGGCCUUUUCGAUAACCCAUUUGUCAAUGCCUCAGCUGCGAACAAUAUUGUCGGAAACGAGCACUUUGUCAAUUUAGGCCGAGAUGCGCAGAGAAGAUCCUACACGCUUCUCACCAACAAUCAGACAAUCCUUCCUCUCGCCAAACCUGGUGAGGGUACAAGAUUCUACAUCGAAGGCUUCGAUUCCGCCUUCAUGUCCGCCAGGAACUAUACCGUCGUCAACACCACUGAAGAAGCCGACUUUGCCCUGCUCCGGUACAAUGCGCCGUAUGAACCACGUAACGGUACCUUUGAGGCCAAUUUCCACGCAGGUUCUCUCGCAUUUAACGCCACUGAGAAGGCACGCCAGGCCAAGAUCUACUCAUCCCUCCCGACUAUUGUAGACAUCAUCUUGGACCGGCCUGCCGUUAUUCCUGAGGUAGUCGAGCAAGCGCAGGCCGUACUUGCGAGUUACGGGAGCGACAGCGAAGCCUUCUUGGACGUUGUGUUUGGAGUCAGCAAGCCGGAGGGCAAACUCCCGUUCGAUUUGCCCCGGUCAAUGGACGCUGUCGAGGCGCAGGCAGAGGAUCUGCCAUUCGAUACGGAGAAUCCUGUCUUCAGGUAUGGUCAUGGCCUGGAGUACGAGGAUAACUGA